CUGUAGUUCCAGAAAUUGCCGAAUGGCAGUAGUGUUGCAAGUGAACUGAUGUGGUUGUAGAAGAGAAUCGAUUAAUUUGUUAGAAAGAAAUUACUGCGGGUGAUAUAUCGACCAGUUAAGAAGAAUGUAAAUAAAACUCCUUUUACCUGACACAUGGCUAUAAGCAAUACGAGGUUUGCAGAGGAAAAUAUGUCGUUUCUAUCGUCCACAUAACGCGUAAGUACGCCCCUUUACGGCUCAGCGGUUUACCUCUUUCGAUAUCACUGCUUACCGUUGAUUCGAAUGUGUAAGAAGUCUUCAGAUGCAUACAGCGCAGGAAUAUGUAUGUAUUUUGACAUUCUGUUGAAAGAAAUGUUAUACGGGCUCUCAACUCGGUGCUGUUUUCCCAUUGGCUGGUCGAGAAUCCACAUUUCUAAUGACGCCAUAUAAGAUACCACCUGAUUGGUUGUAUUUUCACGACGAGUAAGGACGGUGGGUAUUAUUCUAACCAAUUAGAUCACUGGUCUUAUAAGCUAUUCUCGUUAUUUUACGCGAUAGCGACUGAUAUGUGGAAUGGAAGAGGAAUUUGAGGAUGUUUGGGAUUGGGCACCAGUGUAAAAUGCAUUAUAUUGUGGUAAGCUGUCAUUUGUUCCUUUACCGGAAGGGCCUGUAGUUAUCCAUGGCGGAGGAAUUGUUCUGUUCUGAUUCCGACCGAGUUUGUGACACAGGAAGUAUUGAGCGUAUCAAGGCACCCAAGCCGAAAGAGGACACUUCGAAUGGCGUUCACAAAGUUCAUUGUUCCCUAAUCUGUAGUGCUUGUGUUGCAAGUGUAAAUUUUAAGCGAAAUCGAUGUGCUCCGUUAGGUGAGAAAUUACUCACCCCAUCAAGUGCGUAGUGCGUGUUCGAGAUGCAGGUAGUGAACCUAAAGUGUUUGUGAGUGCCCGGCUGUCAUGUUGGCGUUGGUCGGAACAUUUUUUUUCUAAUCUCUUGUCAAGAAUUAUGAUAGUUACCGUCAGGUCGUGGACGGACGCUAACCUGACUCCCUCUUUUCAUUCGCAUCUCUGUUAUAAAUAUUUUAAGCUACCACAUCCCGGGUGGUAUAGCGUUAGUGUUGGUGCGUCUCUCUUGAGCUACGUUACGAAAUACUGAACAAAAUGAGUUUUUUUGAGAAAAGGACGUUUGAGAGUUCGGAGUCACUUUCUGUAACGAACAUUGCAAAAAUGUUAUUUUUUCAAGAGGACUCAAUAGAAAAGAAAAGAUGGCAGCCAUUCUGAGUGAUCAGUUGGUCAAUUGGAAUCUCAUUCCAAUUCUGUUAAUGAUGAUAAGUGAGGCAUAAAGUGAUUUAUAGUAAUAGAAUGGAUUCAUAUGAUUUGUUUGGAGAGGAUGUCGGCGGCGGAAUGUUAGAUGGAUUAGCUGACCUGGGUGCAGAUAAUUUUGAUCCAGCUCCAUCAUCUGUUACAAAUGCAGCACGCGAUGCUCCAGGUUCUGGCCAAGGCUAUGUUCAACCACCUUACGGCCACCAGAUUUCGGGUAUGCAGCAAGAGUCACCGCUUCAGAAACUGGCUUCAUUUGGAGGAGAAUUUACACCCGCAAAUCAUCUGGAUCCAUCAUCUCAGAACUUGUUCCACCAGAAUCAGACUGGUUAUGAUGGAACGGCGAGACCAAUGUGUCCUCCUGGUGCUGUUACCGGGUAUCAGGGACACGUAAGAAACAUGGGACCACAGCACGAUAUUAGGAGGCCGCCUCAUCCCCAGCCACCAACUGCAAAUCAGUAUGGACCAUACUGUACAUCUGAUGCAUUGUAUGGAAUAGAACAGCAGCCUGGUAUCAGUGGUCCAGGUAUGACUGUUAGUGACAGUGGUAUGCAGGGUUGGAGCAAUGUGCCAGGUGGUUAUCCUGCAGGUAUGAGGCAUUACAAUCAAAUUAAUCAGGGUGGUUAUCGGCAUGUGAACUACCCACAUCAGCAGGACAGCCUGGCAUCUCAACAGAAAAUCACACCUCAACAGCCUUAUUCUUCAAAUCAGCAAAAUUUGAUUAAUUCAAUGAUGCAACCUCAUCAGAACAUUCAGACACCUAGUGGCUAUCCAAUGACUCAACAGAGAAUGCAGUCAAGUGUUAACAUGGGGCAACAGCAACAGUGUUACUCACAGGGUUCUCAAAAUCUUGUUUAUGCAGGUUCGUCAUCUACAGCUUCGAUAAAUCAGUCCUACAGCAACUACAAUCCCUUACAACACCAACAGUCCAGUAGAAUGCCACAUCAUGUACAGUAUACUGCAAAUCAGCAACAGAUGCAACAGUUAGAACUGAAUAAUUCUCAAGCUUCUCAGGCUUCAUCAUAUAACCAUUUACAACCACAUAAUCAGGCAUUACCUGGUGGUCCCUCACAGAUGGGCCAUCCUGGUGUACCGGGUUACGGACAGCCAACAAAUCCUCUUGGACACCAAAUGCCACGGCCUAUUGGUAUCGAAGUCAGUUCAGGGUCGUCAGCAUCUCAGUAUGGUGUUGCUAACCAAAAACAGCACACUCAGCUCGGUGGUGCGAGUCCGCAGUACAGGGCGCCAUAUCCACAGCUGUCUCCACAAAUGUCGCCUAGGCCCCAGAUGUCCCCGAGACCCUCCCAGCAACAACAGAUGUCACCUCGUCCUGUAAUGUCACCAGCAAAAACAAGUACGCUAUCUCCUCAUCCCCAUCAACAGCAGCCAACUCUUUCACCACGACCUGCUACAGCACUUACACCGAAAUCAUCAAACUCUUCUCCUGCUCCCAUUAAUGUUCCUUCGUUUUCACAGCAAAGUACGUUACAGCAAUUGGAACAGAUGGUUAUGCCUCCAGUUAGUGGUGGCUCAACAGACUACCCUACUUACCAACCAAGGUUACCCCACCCAACUACACAGCAUCCCACCACACAACAAGCAAAUCCAUUGUCUCCAGCUGUGGGCCCACGCAUGCCUGUCUCACCUCAGCAGUGGCCACACCAACCAUUAAGACCAUCCACAAAUAUUGGUAGUGGUAUUGGAAUGCUAGACCAACAGUCCAAUCAGAGCAUGUCAUCAUAUGUUCCACAUACUACUGCUGAAUCUAGAACAGUGGAGCUUCCAAAGACUGUAAGUGGUGUUACAUCAGAAGUUAAUGUUCCAAGUAUUUCAAGUGGAUCUAUACCAGCAAAUGAGACUGGCAAUUUGACAUCUGUAUCUCAUACUGACUUCACUACUUCAUCUCAGAUACUAAGUGAAAAGUACCCAGAGGGUGAAACUGCACAAAAUGGAGGAGAAAAUCUCAGUUCCCACAUUCCCUCAUCUGUUCCAGUCAGUGCCACAGUCAGUCACAAGUCUUCAGAACUGGAUCCCGUUAAGGCUGUGCAACAAGAAAAUGAAUUGCAGAAUUUGCCGAAUAUAGAUGUAAAGGAUGCAACAGAUGGACCUUCUCUGUUAACUUCAACUUCCAGUUCAGUGUUAGCACCUCCACCGCAAGCUCAACAAGAACCUGUUACACAGCAGGCACCUGUUCCAAAUUUCGAUUUUAAUCAGGCAGCUCCCAACAUACAAUAUGCAGGCACUAGUGCAAUGGGUGACAUGAUUCACUCUGGUGGGUCAUCUCAUUACACUUCAGGUAUUGAAGGAGCAUCAGCAGGAAUACCAGAUCCUGUAACGUCUGGAGUAUUGAUGGGGCAACCACCAGGCCUGUUUGAUCCUGGCAUGGGGCAUGGAAGUUUGAUGACACAUGCACCACCCAUGCCCCCUUCAGCAGCACAGCCACCACAAGUGCCACCACCUCCAUCACAUCUUAUGUCUUUAGGACAUACUGAUUUAAGUGCAAUAUACCAGUCUCCAGUGAGCCAUCAGCAGGAAAUAGCAGCAUUACAACAGCAGCUUCAAGAACUGUAUUGUAUGCCACCAGCACCACAGAUUCAAGAGAAGAUUGGUGUUCUUCAAGAAAGGCUUGAAGUUAUCCGAAGGCAUGAAGCAUCUGGACCUUGUCCUGGAGGUCCACAUUGUGUGUUACAAGAUCACAUGUUCGGUUCAAACUUGCUAGAUAACUCACAGGUAUCAAGUACAACAGGUAAAGCUCGAAACAAAGGUGCCCCCAGACCAAAAAAACCAAAGAAAAAGCCAGAAGAUGCAGCGGCUCUGGCACCACCUGCUGAGUGUAAUGAGGCAGGAGAUUUCAGUGAACUCCAUGGCAUUGGUGACAACUUUCAAAACACUUCUUUAGAUGAAAAACAGAAGAAGCCAAAGCCACCUAGGAAACCAAGAGAACCAAAAAAACCAAAAGAACCAAAGACUCCAAAGGAACCAAAACCACCCAAAGAACCUAAAGCUGCCAAAGAGCCGAAACCUCCAAAAACUCCCAAGGAACCGAAGAAAAAGAAGGAACCUAAAGCACCUGGGGAAACAAAGUCUCCAAAACCAAGAAAGAAAGUAGCCAAGAAGAAGGAUGGAAUAGUGGAAGAAACACCAUCUAGUUCAAUCGAGAGUGGUGUUGAAGAAGUCCUGUCAGAUCUUCUUGCAGCAGUAGAAUCUGAAAUUGCAUCAGUGGAAAGACAAGACAGUGAAAGUGAAAUGCUGACCCCAGAUGAUCCUGCAAGCCCUUCGAAAAGUUUGUCAGAAUCAUCAACGAAGACAACGCCAACGACUAGAAAGCCUAAAAGGGAUAGAAAGGCGAAAGUGAAACCAGUUUUUCCUGCAAAACGGAAUGCAAAGGGAAUGUUCACAAAGAAGAAUAAAAAGAAAUUAGUUGGCGGUGAUGAAUCUGAUGCAGAAGACAUGUUGGCGACUCCUCCGCCAUCGCCUGACGAUGAUUCAGAAAGUUCAAAAAAUAAACGCCGAUCUGCUCGAAAUACUCAAAGGAAGAAGUAUGUUGAUGAUAUUAUGCUUAGUAUAUCGGAUGAGGACUCUCCAAAGUCAUCAGCUCCAAGAACUGAUCUGCCGAAGACUUCUGCAGAUGAUUCUGCUGAUCCAGCUGUGAAGCCAAAUUUUGUUUACAUUAACACAACUGAUGAAGAUUCAAUGGUUGUGCAAUAUAUUUUGGCUGUAAGGAAAGGCAGAAGAGAGAUUAAACCACCAGCAGAUGCUCAGAAUAAUAAGGAGGUUAAGCCAGAAUCCUCUAUCAAGACAGAGGUCACCACAGAAAAUGAAAAUGCGCCUGCUGUAAUCAGUGAACAGGAGCCUGUAAAUAACUCUACACCUGUAGUAGAUGUUCCGGCUGUGGAUGAAAUAUGUGCAACUGGGGAAAAUCGGAACAACGAAGUGUGUCAGCAGUCAGACAUAGAUUUUGAAAAGAAGUCUGACGCCCCACUAAGUAUUUAUAACUUCAGUGAAGAAACUGAGGAACCAGUUCUUUUGAGAUCAAAUGUUACUGCAGCAAGCAAUAGUGGUAGUGCAGAAUAUAUUGACAGGGUUAGAAAGUUUGAGACUACUCCAGUUGAUGAAGAAACAGAAAGCACCACAAAACCAGAAGAAAGUGAAAGCCAGCUAAAAGUUGAAGACAGUGGGAGCUCUCUGGAAGUGGCUAGGUUGAAUGAAAGAAAUCAGCAGUACCUAUCGAAUCCACUUGAUGGAGAUAUAGUUGCAAAAGAUAGAACUGAAAGCAAAAACAAAGUAGACUGUAAAUCUGAUGUCAAAUAUGUUGAAGUAGAGGAAUAUUUUGUCAAGUAUCGCAAUUUUUCUUAUUUACAUUGUGAAUGGAAAACUGAAGAAGAACUGUUCAAAGGGGAUAAGAGAAUUGCAGCCAAACUUAAGAGGUUUAAACAGAAGAUGGCUCAUCAUGCAAACAUUUUUGAGAAUUUUGAAGAUGAACCCUUCAACCCUGAUUAUGUGGAAGUAGAUCGGGUCUUGGAUGUUGCUGAACAUACAGAUCCUAAUACUGGGAAAACGAUCAAACAUUACCUGGUUAAGUGGCGGUCAAUGCAGUAUGAAGAUAGCACAUGGGAGUUGGAAGAAGACGUAGAUCCAAUGAAGAUUGAGCAAUUUGAGCAGAUCAACAAGAAGCCCCCAAAGGAUAAAUGGAAGCCAAAGAAGAAACCAUCCCCAGAAUCAUGGGUGAAAUUAGAAGAAUCUCCAGAAUAUAAAAAUGGUAAUAGGUUAAGAGCGUAUCAGCUUGAAGGAUUAAACUGGUUGCUUUUUUCGUGGUACAAUGGCCGCAACUGUAUACUGGCAGAUGAGAUGGGUCUUGGAAAAACUAUACAGUCGUUAGCAUUUAUUCAUGCAGUUCACGAAUAUGGAAUUAGAGGCCCCUUCCUGGUCAUUGCACCUCUUUCUACCAUACCAAACUGGCAACGUGAGUUUGAAGCAUGGACUGACAUGAAUGUAAUAGUAUAUCAUGGAUCGACUGCAAGCAGAAAUAUGGUUCAGGAAUAUGAAAUGUAUUAUAGAAAUGAGAAAGGCAAUCCUAUCAAGGAAAUACAGAAGUUUAAUGUGUUGAUUACAACUUUUGAAAUUGUGAUAACAGAUUGUAUGGAACUUAAGGAAUUCAACUGGAGAUUGUGUGUCAUUGAUGAAGCUCAUCGACUGAAGAAUAGAAAUUGUAAAUUGCUAGAGGGAUUAAGAUUGCUUAAUUUGGAACAUAGAGUUCUUCUGUCUGGUACACCUCUUCAGAACAAUGUAAAUGAGCUUUUCUCACUGCUCAAUUUUCUUGAACCUACCCAAUUUUCAAGCAGCGAAGCAUUCCUGCAGGAGUUUGGUGCUUUGAAGACUGAAACUGAAGUCCAGAAACUUCAGGUUAUUUUGAAGCCUAUGAUGCUUAGAAGAUUGAAAGAAGAUGUUGAAAAAUCAAUUGCACCGAAGGAGGAAACUGUUGUUGAGGUUGAACUGACAAAUAUUCAGAAGAAGUACUAUCGUGGUAUACUAGAAAGAAAUUUUUCUUUCCUUUCAAAAGGAACAACAUCAGCCAAUGUUCCCAACCUUAUGAAUACUAUGAUGGAGCUACGAAAAUGCUGCAUUCAUCCAUAUUUACUUAAUGGAGCUGAAGAACAGAUUCAGUUCGAUUAUCGUCAGUCGAAGCAGCUGAAUACAGAUGAUCCUGAUGGCUACUUUCAAGCACUGAUUAAUUCAUCAGGAAAAAUGGUUUUAAUUGACAAGCUGCUGCCCAAACUGAAAGCAAAUGGCCACAGGGUUCUGAUAUUUAGCCAAAUGGUUAGGUGCUUAGAUAUUCUUGAAGAUUAUUUAGUUUACAGAAAAUAUCCAUUUGAGAGGAUUGAUGGACGUAUUCGAGGGAAUCUCAGGCAAGCUGCCAUUGACAGAUUCAGUAAACCAGACUCGGAUCGUUUUGUAUUCCUACUGUGCACAAAAGCUGGUGGGCUUGGAAUUAAUCUGACUGCAGCAGACACUGUAAUUAUUUAUGACAGUGACUGGAAUCCUCAGAAUGAUUUACAGGCACAAGCAAGAUGUCACCGAAUUGGCCAACAAAAAAUGGUUAAAGUUUAUCGUCUGCUUUGUCGAAACACAUAUGAACGGGAGAUGUUUGACAAAGCUUCAUUGAAGUUGGGCCUUGAUAAAGCAGUUCUUCAGAGUAUGAAUACAGCUCAAGGAGGUAAAGACCAAACAAACAAACAGCUGUCAAAAAAGGAAAUUGAAGAUCUUUUGAAAAAAGGUGCUUAUGGUGCCAUUAUGGAUGAAGAUAGCGCAGGAGACAAGUUUUGUGAAGAAGAUAUAGAUCAAAUUUUAGAACGCAGAACACAAAUCAUUACAUUAGAAUCUGAGAAAGGAUCAACCUUCUCAAAAGCUAGUUUUGCCUCCUCUGGAAUACGGUCUGAUAUUGACAUAGAUGAUCCUGAUUUCUGGAAAAAAUGGGCAAAGAAAGCAGAAAUUGACACCUCGGAAAAAGAAGAAAAGGAUCAACUAGUCAUAUCUGAACCCAGACGCCGCACACAAAUCAAGCGAUAUGGCCACGAUGAGUCAGUUGUCGACAUGUCUGAACUGGACAGUUCAUCAGAAAGUGAUGAAGAUCCUGCCAUUGGUGUUGGCAGAGGGAGAGGCCGAAGACACAGGAAACAUGGUAAGAAACACAAGAUAAAGUUCCCGUGCGAUGAUUACAUCCCAAGGGAUGGUGAAAUUGUGUAUGGGAGCUGGGCAAGAAGUGAAUGUUUUAAAAUAGAAAGGGGUCUUCUGACAUUUGGGUGGAGCCGUUGGACAGAAAUACUCACACACAGCCAUUUCCGUCGUGGAUGGCGAGAAUCUGAUGUAGAAGAUUGCGCUCGUGUCAUUUUACUUUAUUGCUUGAGAUACUACAGAGGUGAUGAUAAAAUCAGGAGUUUUAUUUGGGAUCUGAUUACACCAUCGGAAAACGGAGAAACAAGAGUGCAGAAGAAUCACAUGGGACUUAAUACACCAAUACCCCGUGGAAGGAAAAAUAAAAAAUUUUUCAAGAAGGAUGGGAGAUCUUCAAAUCAAAAUGAAAUUGGAGAAAUGAAUGAUUGGAGUCGCCAUGAGAAAUACGAUGGUGACAUUCUUUUGGAAAGCAAUUAUAAAAAGCACCUAAGUCGACAUGCAAACAAGAUACUGUUACGUGUUCGAAUGCUUUAUUAUAUAAAGCAUGAGAUUAUAGGUGAUCUGGUGCAACAUAUUAAUGAUGGUGUCCAUGUUAGUGCCUUGCCGAUAUACCCACCCUAUUGUGAUCAGCCCCCUGUCCCUUGGUGGGACUCAGAUGCAGAUAGGUCCCUUCUGGUGGGUACCUACAAACAUGGUUAUGAAUGCUACCCUGCUAUGAGAAACGACCCGGCACUUGGUUUCCUCGCACGCUGUGGCCCUGAUGUUGGCUCUGCUAUGCUGAUGCUUGGCAAUGCUGAUAAUAACACAAGAGUUGUUGAUGAUGACUCUGGAAGACUGACAGAUGAAGAUGAAACUGCAGAGGGAGAAUCUUCAGUCUUGAGAGAUAAUCUUGGUGAGACUAUGCUCGCAGAUGGGUGCCAUGAAGUCAAUUCUGUACCAACUCCUGAUCAGACAGAGUCUGCAUCAUCAUCCAUAGAACAUACCAGUCAUGUAAUGAAGGAUGAAAGCAAAGUUGCACCAGAUGAUGAUCCAAGUAAACUUCAGUGGCCAUCAAUGGUGGACCUCAACAAUAGGCUCCGUCGUGUAAUUACGUCGUAUCAGCGCAACUUCAAGAAGGAAGAAAUGAAGAUGGCUCAAAAAGCGAAGCAGGGGGUAGAAGCAGAGCAGCAUGCAGUUAUCAGAGAUGUACUGAACACACAAGGAUGGGAUUUGCAACAACUAGCCAUGUAUCUAUGGAAAAUGGAGAGGCGGGAGAAAAUUGAACAAAUUGUUCGUGAAAGAGAGAGACAAAAACUUGAAAUACAUCAGAGAAGGUGGUCACGCCGUGAGGAGGCUGAUUUCUACCGUACAGUUUCAACUUUUGGGGUUGAAUUUGACAGGAAACGGGGUAAAUAUGAUUGGUCAAAAUUCAAAUCAUUGUCAAGAUUGGAAAAAAAAUUUGAUGAUACAAUCACAGAGUAUUAUAAAGCUUUUGUAGCGAUGUGCAAGAGAGUUUGUGGAAUGAAACUCUCAGAAGAAGAAGAAUUUGCUGAUAUCCCUGUAGAGCCUUUGAGUGAAGACAAAGCUCGCAGGACGUUAGAACGAAUUGAAUUGCUAAGUAAAAUUAGAGAAGAAAUAAUUGUUCACCCGCAGUUAGAUGAAAGAUUAAAAUUGUGCCAAGUGUCUGCAGAUAUACCUGAUUGGUGGGUGCCUGGUAAACAUGAUAAGGAUUUACUAAUUGGUGCAGCCAAGCAUGGUUUAGGCAGAACAGAGUUCUUUAUUUUAAACGACCCUGAAUUAAGUUUCUUUGAUGUACUAAGGAAACAUCUAGCCAUAGAUCAGCCACUUCCAGAGGCAAAAGAACAUAAUCAGCUAGAUGAAAUUAAGUAUGAGCGGCCUGAAGAUAUUCUUAGAACAGACAAGAAUGAGAUUAUUGUGAAACUAGAAAAAGGAGAAGGCACAUUAAAGAUAGAAAAAAUAGGAAUUAAGAAAGAAAUGAAAACUGAGGAAGAAAAAAAUCAGUUCAGGGAAAAAGAUGAUGUAUCCCAGGGCCAAAAUAUUGUAGAAUUAACAUUACUUGCGAAUAAAAUUAAAGCAGAGAAUGAGGAAUGUACACAGAGUUUUGAUAAAUCUGAUAAUGAACAGGGUUCCAGUAACACCCAAGAAAGUGAAUCAGCAAAUAGAGAAGAGAAAGAGAAAUUGAUUUCCAUGGAUAACAACAAAACAUCUGAGGAGGACACAACAGAGCCAGUGAACUGUUCAAUUACAGAAGUGAAUAAAGCUGAAGUGGUUUGUUCAGACAAGGUGCAGGAUCUUCAACAGGAGGAAACACAUCAGCUGGUUCACACUUCACAGUGCCCUGCUGCAGAGAAUGAACUAUUAGAUACACAACAAACAAUAGAAUCAGAAGAACCUAAAGACAUGGAAAAAGUUACAUCAAUUGGAGAUCAUGCUGAAGACAAUGAUAAGAAUAAUGAACAAGAAAUUGACAUGGAAGUUUCAGAUUCUGUUACAGAACCUGAUCUUCUGAAGCCUGAGGAUAGAAACUGUCUUGAUAACAAUGAUAGAGAAAUGCAAUCUGCAUCAGCUGUUAAGACUGAAGAGUCUGACAGUAGAACAAAAGAUGAAAUAAUUGCUCAGGAAAAAGAUCAUGAGAUGAAAACUGAGUUCGAACUGAAGGAAGUAAAGCAGGAAGGAACUGACCAAGAACAAAUCGCCUCGAAUGAAAUUGAGAGACCUAUAUCAGACCUGAAUGUCAAGUAUGAAACUGAACUGAAAAGGACAUGCAGCAGUUUAAAGCGGGCUGAAUCUAAUGAUCAGGAAGAUACUCAAGGAAAAGCAAGCAGCAGUGCCCAAACUCCAGAUUUGAAAAACGUCUUCCCAGACCUGGAAGUUAUCCACCCAUUAGCACGACUAGCUGAGAUUGAUACAUUUGUCUUAGGAGCAAAACAGAAUAGCAACACUGGCUCGUUGGAUUUCUCUGAACCAACAGUUGCGCAAUUACUGGCACAAAGCUACCAGAAUCCAGUGAAAUGGCCUAAGGAUCACGUACUCCAGACAAGACUACAACAUAUUAUUCAUGCUGUCGAACAUAAAGAAUGGCCAGUACCACGGAAUUUCUCAUCGAGCAGUAUUCAGAAUAAUGUUUCUAGUACAGGAGAACUGGAUCUAAGUUGUCAUGAAACACCUGAUGUUACACCUAAACGAGAAACAUCAACGCCAAUGUCAUUGUCAGAAGGCUCAGAAGUUAUUACCAUAACUACAGAUCAUGGUGCUUCUAGGGUCUCUUCGUCAAAGAAGAGAAAGAGACACAUAGCAAUUGAUGUUGAGACAGAAAGAG